AUGUCCGAAGCCUACGAGCGCGAGCGCCAGAACAACGCUCGUCUGGAGGAGCUCUCCUCCAAAGUAACCGCCCUGCGCGGCGUCACCGUCGACAUAUACGAUAAUGCUCGUGCUCAAGAUGUCAUCGACAACACUUCUGAUACAUUCACAUCCAUGACCUCCCAGUUCAAGGGAUCAGCGUCGCGAUUAACGCGCAUGGCCGCUUCCGGAAACAACGUCGCUAUAUUAAAGCUUGCGGGAAUCAUCAUCGGGGCGUUUCUACUGCUCUACUAUGGCCUCAAAUUGAUCUUUUGAGACAUUGGGUGGGCAAGCAAAGGCGAUGGCGAAACAAACAAGGUCUAAGGUGGGAUAUGGGGGCGUAUACAUACUAGACAGGCGAGCAAGCCGUGUACAGCUAUUUUUUUUCUUUUUAAUUCCUUUUUUUCUUUUUAAUUCCUUUUUUUCUUUGGUAACUGGCCUUUAGGAUAAGGGGAAGAUGCGGUUCGGCUUCGAAAGACAAUGAAUACCCCUGGCGCGCUAUCCGGAGUUGUUUCUCAUUUGAUUUAUAUGAGCAUAUCAAUUUUUUUUGUAUGGUUAUGGCAAUAAAUAAAUUUAGGGAACAUUAUCAAUUA